AUGGCGACUGAGGCGCUGCUCCCCCAGCUUACGCUGGAGGAGAAAGUUUCACUCCUAUCUGGUAUCGACUUCAGGACAACACCAGGCAUCCCACGACUCGACAUUGCCCAACUUGCUACCAGCGACGGAAUCAACGGGGUUCGACCUGCGGCUCAUGACAGCGACAUGUCAACGGCAUGCUUUCCAAAUACAACCUGCCUGGCAUCAACCUGGGACGCUGAGCUGCUUGCAAAGAUGGGCGAACGACUUGUGCCUGAAGCUCACAUGAAGAGCGCACAAUUUAUCCUUGGACCUACCAUCAACAUCCACCGCGAUCCUCGAGGCGGCCGAAACUUCGAGUGCUUUAGCGAGGAUCCUUUGCUCUCUGGUCAGCUUGCUGGUGCUAUUGUCAACAGCAUACAGAAAGCAGGAGUAGGCUAUAACAAGGUAAACGGCGAGUUCUGCUCACAGAACAAGCCUUUGAUGGAUGUCUUACGGAAUGACUGGGGAUAUAAAGGAUUCUUCAUGUCAGAUUGGUUUGGAACCCAUGCUACGGUCGAGCCCAUCAAAGCCGGACUUGAUCUUGAGAUGCCAUUCCCAAUCUAUCGGAGUGGCAGGCUCAUUGAAGCAGUCAAAUCUGGUCAGGUCACUAUGGAAGAGAUCGAUGCACGUGUGACUAGAAUGCUGGACGUCCGCGAAAGAACCAAACCCAGCCAUCGCAACGAGCCUGAGGCUUCCGAGCCGAGCGAAGAAACAAUCAAGGUCAUUCGAGACCUCGCAGCUGGUGGUAUAGUUCUUCUAAAGAAUGAUAAAGGCGUUCUUCCGAUCAAACCCCCAAAGAUUGCGCUCAUUGGCGAGUUCGCUCAGCGACCUGUGGUUACGGGAGGCGGAAGUGCAUCUUGCAAUCCGCAAUAUUGGCUCUCUCCGUUGAAUACCAUACAGCGGGCAUUUGGGGAAUCUUUCACCAUCGGCCAUUCGCCCGGCGUACGUACGCGCCGUGUUAUUCCCAUCGCAUCGAAAGAGCUUCUCCAGGCUGAGAAUGGGCAGGCUGGCGUGCACGUCCGGUACUACAACGAUGAUAAUCCAGAGCCCAUCUUCAAAGAAUACCUAGAAAAGGCCACUGUAUGGAUGCUAGGGGAUUUGAAACCUGGUCUCAGGAUCCCUGGCUCCUAUCUAACAAUGACUACGAAAUUAACUUCACCUAGCACCGGAAAGCAUACACUCGCGGUCCGUGCUACUGGAACAUUUUCACUUCUUGUCAAUGGCCAAGAAGUCCUCUCAGGGAUGCAGCCUGAUGUCACCACUGAACAAACUCUGUUUAACCACGCCCUCUUAGAGUUUCGUACUGAAGUGGCUUUGAUUGGCGGUCAGUGUUAUGACAUUCUGCUGUCAAUGAAAUCCCGUGACAGGGUCACUAUUGGCGAACCCACUCCCUAUGCGGUCACCCUCUGUUUCGAAGAGACCUACUCAGAGGAAGCUGCCAUUGCCGAUGCGGCAAAGCUGGCUCAAGAGUCCGACACCACGAUCAUCUUUGCCGGGCGAGAUGGCCAAUAUGAGUCCGAAGGAUUCGAUCUGGAGAGCAUUAAAAUGCCAGCUAACCAGACAGCUCUUAUUAAAGCUGUGACGGCGGCAUCGAAACGGACAGUUUUGGUUCUCCACUCUGGCAAUCCGAUUGAUGUCAGUGAGUUCGUUGAUGAUGUGGAUGCGGUAUUGGCUGCACACUUCUACGGCCAGGAAGGGCCGAAUGCAUUGGCCGACAUUCUGACUGGGCAAGUAAAUCCGAGUGGACGGCUUGCCACCACAUGGUACAAGACUCUGAAGGACUCGCCCAGUUUCAGACACUUCCCUGCCGUUAAGUCGGCCAAUGGAAGUGUCACCAUCAAUUACCAAGAGGGUUUGAAGCUGGGUUAUCGUCACCCUGAUUUAACUGGCGUCAGAUGGCCAUUCGGCCACGGCUUGUCGUACACGAAAUUUGAAUAUACGGAUUUAGUGGCGACAGUGGUUGAGAGUGAGUCAGCGCCGUCAAAGCUGAUGUGCAGAGUGAAAGUCAGCAAUAUUGGCAGUGAGGCCGGACGAGAGGUCGUUCAAGUCUACGUCACACCCGGGUCGACAGCGUCGGUUUGGCGACCUGAGCGAGAGCUCAAAGGCUUCAAGAAACUACUGCUUCAGCCAGGCGAAUCCAGCAUGGUCGCUGUAGAGGUUGACUUGAAGGUAGCGUGCAGUUAUUGGGACGAAGAGAAGGAAUCAUGGUCGCUCAAUGAAGGCACAUAUGGUGUCCUUGUAGGAAAUUGUAGCGCGGAGUUUGCCGUUACCCAAGCAUUGACUUGGAACCAUUUAUAA